AUGGAGGUUGAAGUCAAGACCUUAGAUGAGACCGAUGACGGAUUCACAAUGUGCGAACUCACGAUCGUCUGGAGGGCGUUCCUGUGGCAUCAGAUUCGCAGCAUCUUCUCUGUGCUGGUCCUUGUUGGCAAAGGGAAAGAAUCGAUGGUUGAUGAACUUCUGAACAUUGAGAAAAAUCCGCUAAGCCGCAAUAUAACAUGUCAUCUGACGCGCCUUUGUGCUUGUAUGACGCUGACUUUGGAGGAGAAUUUGAGUGGAUUUACGAAGCUGCCAGAAUGCCAUGAAGACAACCUCACCUCCCUCCAGCAGCUUUGGGCUGAGCAUUCCAUCAAAGCAACAAUGGUGAAGAGCAUGCUGAAUGACCUCGAGAAAGCUAAAGUGGAAACAGACUGA